GUUUUCCACAAUCGUCCACUUGCACUUCUCCAGUGUCUGCCGUUCCUAUUCUAGGACGAGGACCUAGUACCGUAAUAAAAGCCCAACGUCAGGAGUAAUAGCUCGCUUUCUCAGCAGGGGUCGCCAUGGGCACCUUUGAGGGCCAUUUACUUCCCGGGGCCUCCUUCCUUCUCUUCGGGUCAUGGCAGUUGCUCAACGUCCUUAAAGCCUUCUUCAAGCAUCCUGGCAGUUUCCAAUCUCGUGCAUGGUUCCCCACUCGAUUCUCAGGAAUAGGUUGCUACGCGGAGUUGAUCUUCAUCGCAUUGGGAGCUACAGCCUCCAUCCUCAUGGAGCUGGUGGUGACACAGCCGCAUUUCUCCCCCCUGGACGAGCACCACAUCAUCCUGCUCGAUGCGUUCAACAACCUCGAGCACGCCGCCAUCUCGCUCUUCUUCCUCCUCUACGCCCUCACUUGCAUCCUCUGCCACCUCCUCCCCACCCUCCCGCCAUACCUGCCGCACCUAGUGGGUGCCUGUGCCCUCGCGCAGGAAUUCCUACUCUUUCACUUCCACUCCGCGGACCAUAUGGGGCUAGAGGGCCACUACCACAUGCUGCUGCGGAUUCCGAUUGGAAUAGGCGCUAUCUGUGCGCUGCUGGAGAUCGCACACCCCACGUCCUUCAUGCUCUCCCUUGUCCGCGCUAUGAGCUUUCAGCUGCAGGGAGGGGUAUUCAUCCAAAUCGCCCUGUGCAUCUGGGUGCCGUCGCUGGUUCCCCUCCACUGCGUCCGCGAUGUGGUUACCAAUACAGUUACCUGCGACAGCGAGCUGUGGCACCGCAGGGCAAAGGCCGUCGCUACUCUGCAGUUCACGUGGUGGAGUGCAGCUGUUGUCGUCAGUGCACUGAUCGCAACUGUCCUUGCUAAGAAGGCAUUUGAAGACCCAUCGCAAGAGAUGUACCGCUCAGUGGUGGGGAGAGAGCAGAAGGCAGGGAUCCGAAGAGAUGUCGAAAUGGCCGAGAUGCUGGACGACAGUGGGCCGUGCUCGUCGCCAUCCUCAGACGAGACAGACUCGUUAACGGGCAUUGCGAACAGAUGUGUGGGCAGAUGACCACAGCAGCUCUGCAGCUCUGCAGCUCUGCAGCUGUGGAGCAGCACUCCAGGGCAUGGUAACAGGGGGGCUCACCUGAACGAAUAGCUGCUGGAGGGAGAGCAUGCAGGCAGUCACAGAUGGAUGGAAGUAGACUGGCUGACUUGGACUGG